CAGGCGAAGUACAAUUACGACAUAGACGUGUCUUGGAAAGAAGUUGGUCAAAAAGCGAAACUGAAGGCUGCAAAGAGAAAUGGAGAGCGUCACUGUGUUCGCAGGCCUUCAGCCCAAUCCCGCCACCGCCCACCACCAAACCCUCGGCCCUUCAGGCAGCCUUAUUAAGCUUCUUCCUUCACUCCUUACCGACAAAAGGCACUUCUGCGCUCAACCUCUCAAGCUGCAACAAUCGCGUUUCGCCUCUUUUAGAGUAAAUGACACUGCCAACACUGUCCCAGUGGCCUCACCCACCAGCAAUGUAGCAUUAGAGUUGGCUGAAAUUGAUUGGGACAACCUUGGUUUUGGGUUUAUUCCCACUGAUUACAUGUAUAUUAUGAAAUGCGCCCAAGGCAAAAACUUUUUGAAUGGCGAAUUACAGCGUUUUGGGAACAUUGAAUUGAACCCAUCUGCUGGGAUUUUAAAUUAUGGACAGGGAUUAUUAGAAGGUUUAAAAGCUUAUAGGAAACAUGAUGGCAAUAUUUUGUUGUUUCGUCCUGAGGAAAAUGCAUUUCGACUAAGGACUGGUGCAGAACGUAUGUGCAUGCCUUCUCCUAGUGUAGAACAGUUUGUGGAAGCUGUAAAACUAACCAUUUUAGCAAAUGAAAGAUGGAUUCCCCCACCAGGUAAAGGUUCGUUGUAUAUAAGACCAUUGCUUAUGGGGAGUGGAGCUGUUCUAGGUCUUGCACCUGCUCCCGAAUACACCUUUUUGAUUUAUGUAUCACCUGUUGGCAACUAUUUCAAGGAAGGUUUGGCACCAAUAAAUUUAGUAGUCGAGACUGAAAUGCAUCGAGCAACACCUGGUGGUACUGGCGGAGUUAAGACUAUAGGAAAUUAUGCAGCAGUUCUAAAAGUACAGCUUGCUGCAAAAGCAAAAGGAUUUUCCGAUGUUCUCUAUCUGGAUAGUGUUCACAAAAGAUAUCUCGAAGAGGUUUCCUCUUGCAAUGUAUUUGUUGUAAAGGACAAUGUGAUAUCUACUCCUGCAAUUAAAGGGACCAUUCUUCCUGGUAUUACACGAAAGAGCAUAAUCGAUGUUGCUCUUAGUCAAGGAUUCCAGGUUGAGGAACGGUUUGUAACAGUGGAUGAAUUGCUUGACGCCGAUGAAGUUUUUUGUACGGGAACUGCUGUGGUUAUAUCCCCUGUAGGAAGCAUAACUUAUCUUGGUAAAAGGGUAACUUACGGAAGCGAAGGGGUUGGAGUUGUGUCCCAGCAACUAUAUUCCUCACUCACCAGCCUACAAAUGGGACUUGCUGAGGAUAAAAUGGGUUGGAUUGUUGAGCUCAAGUAGGCUUGAAGCUCUACUCUUCAAUUCUGUGUCUUUGUUUGGAUUCUGUGCAGAGUUUUGAGCUGAAUUUCUGUGGGAUUUAGCCACUUUGGUACCCCUUCCAUUUUAAUUUGAUUCUCAUUGACAGUUUGGAUAAUAGUGUUUAAUAUAAGUAUUCUGUUGAUUUCUUGCUGUAGAUUAUUUUGGGCCUGUGUGUGUAUGUAGGGCUGUUAAUAGCAUUUUCAAGAUACUCUCUUCAUGUAAGUAUCCUAUUUUAGAGAGUUGAGAUAUAAAAAUAAGUUGUAAGAGACUUUCUACUUUAAAUUUUUUAAAAUA